CUAAAGCAGGGCCAGGGGCGGGAGCUGAAAUGAUAGACACAAAAGAAGUGUCAAGUGUUUUCAGGUGACACUCCACUGAAGCAAUACAAGACAGGAUGGAAGCGACCACUGGGGUACAUUUUUGUGAAGUGUAUUUUUUUUUUAAAUUGAGACCGACUUUAAUUGUGGUCACCAGGCACUCAGGCGUAAUUUCCGAAGUAUUUAUUUUAAAUGAUUGCUUCUGAGAUCCUGGCCAUCUAGUUCGGACCGACACUUCACAACAACAAAAAAACACCAGCAGCAAGCACUUGAAAAAUUGCUAUGAAGGAAAAAUCCUUGGAGGCAACAACAACGCACACUGGAAGAAAAGCUGAACUGUCAAGUGUCGGCGUACGUGAGUUUGAGCCUGAGGACCAAGUGCACGUACAACGCAUCUUUUAUGAGGGGCUGAUGGAGAUGAUAUCCGACACGGCCUUCAGAGGCCUGAGAUGUCAUCCUGAGAGUCUCCUGCUCUAUUCAGCUAUGGCAGUUGUAGGCUUUGUGGUCACGGCGUGUUGGUGGGUGAUAGGACUCCUCCCUGCAGUCGUGCUGUGUGGCCGUUACUUCUGCAGCAGGCGUGUGAUUCAUGCUUAUCUGAAGCAAGCCAUGAACAAGGACAUGGGACACAUUGAAGAAUUUUACAUGAAAUCACCAGACUCCCGCCUGUGGGUUGCUGUUCUGGAAGACCAGGUCGUGGGUGUUGUAGCAGCAGUUGGCCAGCAGGAUGCAAGAAGUUCUGUCGAACUGAAGCGCAUGUCAGUUGACCGCAGGUUUCGGAGGUGUGGAGUGGGUAUGGCCCUUGGUUGGAAAGUUCUGGAGUUUGCCCUCACUCAGGGAUACUCCUCUGUUGUGCUGGGAACCACAGCCUACUCACCCACCGCCCACCAGCUCUACCGGCGUUUAGGAUUUCAAUGUACUGGCGUCACAAAUGGGUAUAUCACCCCCGGUGCAACGUCGUCUCUUCUCGAGAGAAUAUUUUACAGGGUCUGUCACCAUCACUAUAGCCUGGAAGUGAAAAAUGUGCCCAUACAUGGCCACUCACAGACUUCUGUAGGAGUGCAGAUGACAACAUAGUCAUCGUUUUGGAAAUUCACUGGAUUGGCAACAUCAUGUGACUGGACGAAUAAUCGCAGUCUGAACAGUGUUUGCACUGUGGUGGAUGAUGGGGAUUCAUAUCAGUCUUUCUGUCAAAAUACAGUGUUGCUUCAGUCCAUUGGGUGAUGCAAAUGGGCUCCAGACUUUUUCAACCAUCUUUAUCCAAUUCCAGUGAAUCCUGGGUUUACCUACACCCCAGUUUCCACAGGAUUCGUGUUUUGACAAAAAUUAUUGCCAACCAUACGUGACAAACCCAGGCCCAGGGGCUGAAUUGGCCAGCGCUGCAAUUUCAUCCGGCCGGCAGAACUGUUUGGAAAAUAGCAUUGAGUUGGCUCGCCUUGCGGACCUUAUCAAACAAAGCGAUCUGCAUAAUAGCGAUUUCUCCGAUAUAAACUACUCUUCUGCCAUUUUAAUUUGUAAUUAAAGUGGAAAAUUGUAUAUAGCACAAAAAUCACACCUAUUCUUAAUAAGGGUGCCAAAUUCAUACCAAAAGUCAAAACAAUUUAACUGUACACAACUAAAAACGGCAGCACUUUAACUACUACAGCCUGUCUGUACAAAAUAACACCUUAAAGAGACCUAAGAAAGUCAAAAGUGAUCAUUUUAACCACAGCAAAGCAUGCUGGGAAAUGCGUAUUCUGCCCAUUCCACAGCUGCAAACUCUUCCGGGUUACACAUCUCAUGGAUUGUGAUGUUUUUGUGUUGAUAUAAAAUACUGUAGCUUUUGCCUGGACAGAAUGACGAAGAGGUGGUCAAUCAACAGUCACUUUAAAACUGAACGCUCGCGAGAGGCAAAAAGAGGUGAUGACCACCCUUAAAGUGGCAGAAGUGCAUUUGAAAAAAGCUCGGCGUGGAUCUUUUCCAUGAAUUAACGGGCUCAACAGCAAGGAGGAAGUGAGAGAGUAUGGAGGAGUGUAGCGAGCAGAAGUUUACGCAUUGUAGGGAAAUUGUAAUGCAUGCACGCGCGCGCACGCAUGCGUGCACACACACAGUUUAGUUCCAAAUGUGGAAAUUGUAAAUAGUUAUAAUUGUAAAUACAUUGUUAUUUUGAUGUAAAACAACCAUUUUUGUUUGUGUUGGGGUGCACUUGGGCUGCAAAAAAAGUGUGUCAAAGUGAAAGUUGUGCUUGAAACGUUUCAAGCAAAAAGCUGAUUUUCUCCCUUUUCUUGUUGGCAACUGAUAUUUUCCUUCUAAUGCUGAUUACUAAAGAACGGAAAAAGGUAGAAACAAACUUUUUUUCUGAUGAAAGACGAGAGUCUAAUCUUUCUUUUAGUAGGGCCCAUGUUUCAGUACAUAGCCAUAGAACACAAUAUUCUGUGUGCCUUGAAAAAUCAGUCAAAAUCGUCCAAAAAGGCCGGUGCUAAAAGGAUUGAAUUUUGAAAAAUGGCUGGGAGUGAAUGAGUUAAUGGCCCAAUAAAAAAACAAUGAACACCUGGGGCCUCAUCUAUUAAAAUGUGUGUGGAAUUCUGACUAAAAGUCUGCGUAUGCCAGAAACACGAAAUGUGUUUAAGGAUAAAAAUAUUCAGACCUAUAAAAAGUGGCGUACGCACACAUUCACGCAAAUUGUGGUUUAUAGUUUCCACCUUGAGUAAAAGUGUGCGUACGCAACCCCGCCUCAAGUUACGCCCUUUUCACGCCUCCACUUCACCAUCGAGCGUCAAUGCAAAGUGACUCAUGAAUGUGCCGUCCAUAUUUAGACCCUGGAUUGCAUUGUUACUAUGGCUGCUGCCAUUCGGAAUCACGGCUGGUGGGAAGACAACGAGGAUGAAGAAGAGGACUCUCACGGAAAUGGAAGUGGAAAUACGGGAAAAAGUGUCAUAUUCGGAGGACACAGCAGUGGCAUGACGAAUAAAACAGAGAUUGCUGGGAAUGGAGCAAGCGAACCGUGGCAAAACUAAAAAGAAUAUAUUUUUAGUGAGCAUUUUUCUACAUUUUUUUAUCUAACUGAUGCCACAUUUUAGAUGAAUAUCAGCUAGAGUCAAAACGGCGAUGGAGUUAAGUUGAAAAUGAAUUGCUUUAAUUCCAGACAGAUAUUUUCAAAAUAUUUGAUGGUAUGAUGACAUUAACACUAACAAAUUAUAAGGUAUAUUUGAAUUAUUUUAAAAGGAACUGAUUUUGUGUAUUAGAUCAAAGCACAAGACAAAAACUAAUAAUACUAAGUUUACGCACACGGCCCUGACACUAUCCACACAAAUAAAGGCUGUGGUAAGACAGAUAAAUGUUGUAUUGAUGACAUACUUGACACAUGCAAGCAAGAACUGUCUUAUUUUAUGGUCCACUUCCCAAAGAAAGUCAAGCAACUGAGCGCUGAGGACAUAUUUGCUGUGAGAAUGCAUGAUAAUAUUCCCGUGAUGAUAAAAUAAAAUAGUGAAAUAUUCAGGCACGGUGUUGUGUUUUUCAUGUAUCUUUUAGUUCGGAUACGACACUCGUGCGUCAUUGUGCUUAUGAUACACCUGCACCACCUGAACCAUGUUGUAGUCAAUCUGUAUUCUUUACACUGUACUCUUUACUUGCGUAUCUUGCUUGCUGCUGUAACAAGUACAUUUCCCCGCUGUGGGAUAAAUAAAGUACAAAUACAAAAUACAAAUACAUAAAUACAAAAUACGUUGGCAGUGCUACCAUAGCUGUCAGUCCAGUUGCAGUCACCGUAUGUUGACCAGCACAUACACUGUAGGACAUUACAUUUGAUUUCCAAAUGAUAUCUGCCAGCCUCAUGUAAAAUAGCAGCUCUUUCCACAAAUGUUUUUAAGUCAAUAACCGUGUGAUGUUUUUACGCAAUGAUGCAUAAACCUUUAUUGGCUUCCACUGCAUCUUUAUUUCUAAUAUGUGAUUUCACCUCACCUCUUAAUAUGUGUGUCGCCUUUUUGCCAUGUCUCCAAAAAGUGUGCACGCCAGCUACAUUCUCACAUCAGGUUGUGUUUUUUUAGAUCACAUACUUUGUGUGAAAAACAGCGUACGCAAAUUUUCGGCCCUUUUUUGUGCGUAUGCAAGAUGUAUAGACCCCAUGACGUUUUCAUCACUUUCUAAAAAAAAAGAAAGGGCGUGAACACAGGACAUGUCAUGGGAAAUGAAGAUGUUUAGUCACCCUAAUAAAUGUAUUUAACCAGCAUAUUUGAGAUUGUUUGUGUAAUAAAUAAAUGUGGGAAGAAGUUAAACAACUG